AAUGGGCAGAAAAAGGAUAGGAGCACAUGCCAUUCGUGGCAAUAGGCCGAAACUGCGGAAAGUUGAAGAUGGCAAGCAAAAGGAGGAGCAAGCAUACUUUGCCAUCAAGUUGGCCGCCGCUAGUAUUGUUCGACCGGAAUAUCGUGAUCGUGUUCUGCCAUGGAUCACAAAAACCAGCAUAAAAUGCACCCAAAUAUCUGAAUUGGCGUCGCUUUUAUUCCUCAACAAAUUCAGAGCUGCCACUGAACAGGCCAUCAUCACCGGCAAUUGGGAAUAUUUCGACGAUGGCGAUGGAAUGCACAUCAUCGAAAAUUGCUUCUAUGCUGUGUUGUGGCGCUACAAGGAAGACAAUUUCAUUAUGGAUCCAUGGUUCCGGCAUUGCUUUGAGAAUGUGGACACAGAGAAUCGCUCCGCAUGGCCAAACAAUGAUUACUUCGGCAACUUGAUGAAAUAUUUGUUCCAACAAUAUGGCCGUAAUGUGAAGACGAAUUUGGAUACACAUGCACAGAAACGAUUGCGGUAUUUCUUGAGAUUAAAUGCAUUCAGACAGAACUACACUAACCGAGCGAAUGGCCUACCGGAUACAUACGAUGAACGAAAUGUGGCAAAUGCAGUGUCAUGGGCAAUCAAACGAUAUGACGCAACAAGAGGUGAUGCUAAUCGCUUGGCCAAACGAGAUCGAUUGUUGCGUUACGUUCGAGACAUUCGUGGACCAGCUGACGAUUUUAUCGCCAAAUUCACCAAAGACGAAGAUACAUGGUUUGCAUCAUUGCCAAUGUGGUUGAUGAUGCAAUCAGAAAUCGAAACGCACCUCAACCGGGUUGAAAAACACCACGACAACAUCGUGCAAGUCAUUGCGUUGCCAAAGAUCAAGAAUUUGGUGGUCAUCACGCGAAAGGCAGUGAGAAUAGACGCUGAUGUUUUGUAUCGUAUGAUGUGCGAAACCGGUACCAUUCCGCGUGAUGAAUAUGGUCGGCAACACUCAUGAAGCGACGUCACGUCAAAAUCAAAUCAAGCGUAUUAUUUCAAUAUGAUUUUUAACAUGGAGAAAAUCAAUCGAGUGUUGAAAGCAAACAAAAAAUUCGAACAUAUUCUCAGCGAUGGUGUAUCCGCAUCGAUUCUGUACACAGUGAAGAAACCCGUAGUCGACAAGUUAGUGGAAGAUGGUUUGGUGCGUAAACGGUACUCUGAUAGCUUCUAUGUCUACGAAUUGGGCAUCGAUUGGGGUAUGAAGACGUGGAAUGCAACCGUUAGGCGACGGAUCAAUAAUGACAAAGAGCGAAUUCAUAAUGGCAAAGAGAUGAACUUCACAAUCAACAGCAAGAAGUAUCAUUAUGGGACCGGAGAAGGAGUGCGUAAGGAAAAGAGAGAGCGAUGGACUCGUGCCUUCGGGCAGUUCGAAGAGAGUGAUCGAAAUAACCGAGCGCGAUAUGACCGAAUGCCAUCACCAAAAGGAAGCAAUUGACGUGACUACAUACGGCAUCGAUUGACCAUCAUGAAGAAAGCCAUUGCAGUGUACACAACCAAAAAGUACACACGUCUAAGUUUUGAUCAUUACAUCGAGUCCAAUCGGAUCAGUGACAA